AUGGCAGCUGUAUUAUUGUAGCUGAUUGCCUGGCACGCUGCCUAGUAAAGGCUUGUUGAAGCAACCCGCUCUUCUGACUCCCAGCUUCUUGCCCCCACCUACCAUCCCUGUCUUGGGAGGGGGAACGUAGGUAUAAACAAAAAGGAUGGGGUGGGGCAGAUAGAAUGGGGCUGGGCAGGGCCACAGGGCCCCUGGCAUCGCUGGGGACUAGCAGCUGCAGUCGCAGCCAAAGCUUGGCCAGAGGCGGUGCAAGCGUCGUCCCUUCAUCCCUGUAACCCACCUGUGCCAUCCUCCUCCUCAGCUAGGUGACAGCGAGGAGGGGUGCAGCUGGCAUCCCGUCUGCACUGUGACUCUCCGAAGCUGACCAGCAGGGCCCACGGGCACACAGUAGGUGUGCUCUGAAUGCAGAGGCUGAAAUGUUGAAUGAAUGCGAAAGGUAUGAAUGAACGGAUGGACGCAUGAAUGGAAGUAGGAUGGAAGCGUGAAGUGGGCGGCGAGGAGGAACCAGCAUCUUCCUCCGCCCUCCGGGUCUCGGGUCUGGAAGCUGGGAGACGUGAAGAGGAGACCGGCUGGGGGGCUCCCCUCUCCGCCCUGCCCCUCCCGCCCCGGCUACCCCGCCCGGCGGCGCGCAGCCCAGCGAUCCCGCGCCAGCCACAGCCCGCUUCGGAGCCACAGCACCCUCAGGAGCCCGGCCUUCGGGGCAGGGAGGCGAAGUCUCCGGUUCACUGUCCGGGGAAUCAGCAACCGAGGACGCCGGCGUCCCGGAGCCAAGAGGAGCUUUGGGGCUGGAACCCCAAAAGACCUGGUUCAAGACUCCGGGCUCCUUGAGGGCAGUGGGCUGAGGCCCCCCUGGCCCAGCUCCCUCCCUCCCCAGAGCCCAGGAUGCCCCUAGGCCUCCGCGGCUCCUGAGCUCAUGGAGCCCUCGGGCACCCCAGGGACCCAGACGGGAGUCCCCACUGGCAGCAGGGACCCGUCCCCAGUGCCUCCCGACUACUACUACGAAGACGAGUUUCUCCAGUAUUUGUGGCGAGAUUAUCUGUAUCCGAAGCAAUACGAGUGGGUUCUCAUCGCAGCCUAUGUGGCCGUGUUCCUCGUGGCCCUGGUGGGCAACACGCUGGUCUGCCUUGCCGUGUGGCGGAACCACCACAUGAGGACCGUCACCAACUACUUCAUCGUCAACCUGUCUCUGGCGGAUGUGCUGGUGACAGCCAUCUGCCUGCCAGCCAGCCUGCUGGUGGACAUCACUGAGUCCUGGCUGUUCGGCCAUGCCCUCUGCAAGGUCAUCCCCUAUCUACAGGCCGUGUCUGUGUCAGUGGCAGUGCUAACUCUCAGCUUCAUCGCCCUGGACCGCUGGUAUGCCAUCUGCCACCCCCUGUUGUUCAAGAGCACCACCCGGCGUGCCCGCGGCUCCAUCCUGGGGAUCUGGGCUGUGUCGCUGGCUGUCAUGGUGCCCCAGGCUGCUGUCAUGGAAUGCAGCAGCGUGCUGCCCGAGCUGGCCAACCGCACCCGGCUCUUCUCAGUCUGCGACGAACACUGGGCGGAUGACCUCUAUCCCAAGAUCUACCACAGUUGCUUCUUCAUUGUCACCUACCUGGCCCCGCUGGGUCUCAUGGCCAUGGCGUAUUUCCAGAUCUUCCGCAAGCUCUGGGGUCGCCAGAUCCCCGGCACCACAUCUGCCCUGGUGAGGAACUGGAAGCGGCCCUCAGACCAGUCGGGGGAGCAGGGGCAGGGCCAGGGCGCAGAGCCCCCGCCUCGGGCCCGGGCCUUCCUGGCCGAGGUGAAGCAGAUGCGCGCUCGGAGGAAGACGGCCAAGAUGCUGAUGGUGGUGCUGCUGGUCUUUGCCCUCUGCUACCUGCCCAUCAGCGUCCUCAAUGUCCUUAAGAGGGUGUUCGGGAUGUUCCGCCAAGCCAGCGACAGAGAAGCCGUCUACGCCUGCUUCACCUUCUCCCACUGGCUGGUGUACGCCAACAGCGCCGCCAACCCCAUCAUCUACAACUUCCUCAGCGGCAAAUUCCGGGAGCAGUUUAAAGCCGCCUUCUCCUGCUGCCUGCCCGGCCUGGGUCCCCGUGGCUCUCUGAAGGCCCCCAGCCCCCGCUCCUCCGCCAGGCACAAGUCCUUGUCCUCGCAGAGUCGGUGUUCCGUCUCCAAAGUCUCAGAGCACGUGGUGCUGACCAGCGUCACCACAGUGCUUCCCUGAGCCAGGGCCACCCUGGCCGCUCCAGGGGGUGCAACCCGUCCCCUGCCCGGGUUGCUCCUCUGGCUCCUGGGGCCCAGCCCUGACUCCUUGUGGGGACUGCUGGAUGCAGCGUGAGGCCAGGGCCCCUGCCCUGAUUUUUCACCUGUUUGACUCCAGGCAAGUAAUAUCCCUUCUCUGAGCUGUGUCCCCUAAACAGGACUGAUGUAGAAGGGUUAAGCAGGCACAAGAAAGUAGAAAGCUCUUUGUAAAUGGUAGUGUUGUGGGCAAGAUUAUCACUGUACUCCUCUCACUGGGCUACACCUCACAGAGCAUCCAUCCCGGUCAUGCGUCCAGAGCUUGGCUUUCUUCCCAAAGACCCCUCUCCUGCCCAGCCACAGGCCUCCCCGGAACCUGCUGGAAGGGCCCAGCAGCAUCUCCAUCUGGCCCAGUGGCUCCCCAACACCCAGGCUGCCCUCAGCCAGCCCUGCUCUGCCACCCGUGUAAGGAAUCAGGGCUCAGCCUCCCCCGUCCCGGGUGGGAACACAGCCCCACCCCCACCAGGUGCCGAGUGCCCGCACCGCAGACUGGAUCCCUUCGGCUGUGUGGUGUGAUAAAACCAUCUUCCUGUGACCACUUGGUGUGGAGGCCAGCAGCCCAGAGCAAUUGUAAUUAAAAGCCUGGCACUGAAUGUUCUCUUUCCUUGUCAUUGCACAAAAUCUGUGCUGCUUAGGUGAGGAGCGAGGAAGGUGGGGAAGUCGGUGUGGGGGCAGCGAGGCAGCACUGGAGCGCUGUUGUCUGCUGACUGCUCCCACCUCCCAACCCCUGCGCUGGGUCCCAGGCGGGCUGUGCGCCAGGCCUCGGAGCACACGAGGUGCUGCUUCCUGAGGCGGUGCCAGUUCUCCGAUGCCCAGGACCUCAGUUCUGGACACGGUUGUCUGCUCACGGGCCCAGGCAGGUGGGGGAGGGUGGGCAGACAGCGGAGUUAACAGGCUGCCUUACUAGUAUCUUCACCUUCUCGGAAAUCAGGGCUCGCAUUUGUUCUCUGUGAACUCACAGAAUAAAAAGAGAAAGCCACAGACUUGGCGAGAUGUGCUUCGUCUGUCUGCCGCUGAGAUGCUCAGGGGGCUGCCAGAGGCCCUGAUCCUCGUUGCCAGAGCAGGAGGAACAGUCUGAAUCACUGCUCUGCUGAGAGGAGCGAGACAUCUGGCAGAGGCCAGCCUGCUGCGCGCACCGGCAGGACCCCUUAACCUGAUUAAUGAAGCUUCAGGUUCACUCUGACCUCACCCGGCAGAGGGCAGGAAGCAGGGCAAAACCCCGGUCCUGCCAGGAGCCCAGCCCAGGAGAGCGCAAGCGCCCCUCCUCGUAAGCACCACCAGGGCAGGUGUAAGGUGUGCUCCGUUGCCCUACUCUCCGGAUGACUCACCAGCCCUGCUGUCAUGGACAUUUCCACAGACAUGCAGGUAUAGCCAGGUGGGCUGGCCCGGCCUGCCCAUUUCACACUCGGUUGGCCUCAGGACCCAACGCUGUUGUCAGGUUUGCAGCCAGGCUCAGAGGUGCAGUGUGCAGAAUGAGGGGUGAGGGCUGGCCCCAAGCUCAACCAACGUGCCCACAAGGACCAACCCAGGUCCUGGGCUCCCCAGCCCCAGCAGACCACAAGGCUGAGACCAUGACAGGCACCGUUCUAAAGGUGGGUUUCCAGAGACGCUUGGCUCAGUGGCAACAAAGAAACAGCAGAAGCUUCCCCUAAGGGCGACAGUUGAACCCCGGGCCACAGUGAGGCUCAGGCCUCCACGUGGCAGACUCAGGUGAACUGCAGAAAAUCCUGGGGAGGUGACCAGCGUGACAAGGGGAGAGGUGCUCAGCGAGGAGCCGCUGAAGAGCCCAGGAGGAACUGGGGGGGGGGAGUGUGGUGGCAGAUCUCCAGGGGUCUAGUGGGUUGGCAUGCAGAAUGGGUUGCCUGGAAACACACUGAGCUCUUUGGCAAUCAUUGGAGGUUGUCAAGCAGAAGGUGUACUCACAGUGGGACCAUGGAAGGGACUCCAGCUCUGGGUGGUGGCUGGCCUCUGGGAGCUGAUUCCACACAGUUCCAAGGCCAGUCUGCAGAGGAUGGGACUGACCUGCUGGGCCCGACAGCCGCUGGGCCUCAGGGAGCUGCAGAGCAGCCGGUUUCCCUCCCCAGCCAGCCUCGGCUUGGGGUCUGGAGUUCCUCCCAUCACCGCA